GGGGAGGGUAGGGUGGGUGAAGCAGGACCGAAGAGGGCAGGCAGGACGGAGCCGUCAGGGCGCGGUGAUGGAGCUGCUACGGACUAUCGCCCACCCACCGGGCGGCGGCGGUGCCGCCAAGUGCUGCGAGGCGGCGGCGGGCAGAGCGGCCGGGGGCGAGUCGCGCAGGAAGAAGGCGGAGGAGCCGCCGCACCAGCACGGCCACCCCGCAGCCGAGGUCUCCCGGAUUAUAACCGACCCCACGACGGGGAAGCGCUACUGCCGCGGCAAGGUGCUCGGAAAGGGUGGAUUUGCCAAGUGUUACGAGAUGACAGAUUUGACAACAAAUAAGGUUUAUGCUGCAAAAAUCAUUCCUCACAGCAGAGUAGCAAAACCUCAUCAAAGGGAGAAGAUUGAUAAAGAAAUUGAGCUGCACAGAAUGCUUAAUCAUAGACACGUUGUGCAGUUUUACCACUACUUUGAAGACAGAGAGAAUAUUUACAUUCUUCUGGAAUACUGCAGUAGAAGGUCAAUGGCUCACAUCUUAAAAGCAAGGAAGGUAUUGACAGAACCAGAAGUACGAUACUACCUCAGGCAAAUUGUGUCAGGGCUAAAGUAUCUUCAUGAACAGGAAAUCUUACACAGGGAUCUUAAACUAGGUAACUUCUUCAUCAAUGAGAACAUGGAACUGAAGCUGGGUGACUUUGGCUUGGCAGCUAGGCUGGAACCACUGGAGCACAGGAGGAGAACAAUAUGUGGCACACCAAAUUACCUCUCUCCAGAAGUCCUCAACAAACAAGGGCACGGCUGUGAAUCUGAUAUAUGGGCCUUAGGCUGUGUAAUGUAUACAAUGCUGUUGGGAAGACCCCCGUUUGAGACUACAAAUCUUAAAGAAACAUACAGAUGUAUAAGGGAAGCAAGAUACAGCCUGCCAUCAUCUCUCUUGGCACCUGCAAAACACUUAAUAGCUAGCAUGUUGUCAAAAAACCCUGAAGAUCGGCCCAGUUUAGAUGAAAUAAUUCGGCAUGAAUUUUUCUUACAGGGCUUUACACCUGAUAGACUUUCUGCAAGCUGUUGUCACACUGUCCCUGAUUUCCAUUUGUCAAGUCCUGCUAAAAAUUUCUUCAAAAAAGCAGCUGCUGCUCUCUUUGGGGGUAAAAAGGAUAAGGCCAGAUACUUCGACACACAUAACAGGCUAGCUAAAGAAGAUGAAGAAAUCUACAAGCUCAGACAUGAUUUGAAGAAGACAUCGAUAACUCAGCAGGCCCCCAAACACAAGACAGAUGAGGAGAUUCAGCCUCUUAUCACAACAGUGGUGAAGCCAGGAGCAUUGCCAGAAACUAAGCAGAUUGGAGACUCCAUUCGGAUGAUAGUCAGAGGAACUUUGGGAAGCUGCAGCAGUAGCAGUGAAUGUUUGGAAGAUAGUACCAUGGGAAGUGUUGCUGAUACAGUUGCAAGAGUAUUGAGAGGCUGUCUGGAGAACAUGCCAGAAGCUGACAGCAAUCCCAAAGAACAGCUGACAGCAUCCUUCCAAUGGGUUACAAAAUGGGUGGACUACUCCAAUAAGUAUGGCUUUGGAUACCAGCUGUCAGAUCACACUGUUGGUGUCCUCUUCAACAAUGGGGCACAUAUGAGCCUUCUGCCAGACAAAAAAACAGUGCACUACUAUGCUGAACUAGGCCAAUGCUCUGUCUUCUCAGCCACAGAGGCUCCUGAACAAUUUAUUAGCCAAGUAACUGUACUGAAGUAUUUCUCUCACUAUAUGGAGGAGAACCUCAUGGAUGGAGGAGAUUUGCCCAGCCUAACAGAUGUACGCCGGCCCAGGCUUUAUCUCUUACAGUGGCUCAAAUCUGAUAAAGCACUAAUGAUGCUUUUCAAUGAUGGCACGUUUCAAGUGAACUUCUACCAUGAUCACACAAAAGUCAUAAUUUGCAAUCAAAGUGAGGAAUAUCUUCUUACCUAUAUAAAUGAAGACAGGAUAUCCACAACGUUUCGUCUGACAACUCUUCUGGUUUCUGGAUGUUCAUUGGAGCUAAAACACAGAAUGGAAUAUGCUCUGAAUAUGCUGCUGCAGCGAUGUAACUGAAGGAACUGACUCUGUUAAACCAAAUGGACUCUCUUGUUUGAAUCUACAGUGGAGAUAGUGGAGCAACUAGUAUGUUGAUGAUGGAUGUGUGGUGGUACGAAAACUGGACUGUCCAAGUGUGCUGGGCACACAUCUAUUAGAAGCCUAAACCUACUUCUUGGACUAAAAUGUGACAAGGAGUUCUUCGGAUAGUAGUUUUCCUUGCUUCAUGUGUGUUAAAGAUAUAUUUGACUUGAACUCGGAGCAAAGUGUGUCUGUUCGCUCAGUAAGAGAGCAUCUCUGAUGGAGUUAAACUGUGAAUACACAUCUGGAAAGGGAGGGAAGGGAGAGCUCCGUUGUUGGGGAUAAUUGUAACAAGCAGCUUCUGGUUGCUUAACUGUGAACUAUGGCCAUACUGUUUUUUUUUUUUCCUUAUUUUUCAAAAAUACCCACACUUGUGGCUGGCAAAGUGCAUUCCUUGUUAAUUUUUUUUAAUUUAUUACAGCCUAAAGUGAAGUAUUUAUUACUUUUUUUUUUUUUGGAUCUUUGCAUUUUAAAUAUGAAUCUGUUGGCAAUAAAGAAUGGAAAUCUGAAUCUCUACUCCUUCUCCAGUA